AUGUUCCCCAAAUCUCUGGCAGUCCACCUAUGGGGGCCCCUUCCAGCCUUGAUUGUCGGCCUUAGUAUUUGUCUUGUGCUUAAUCUUGGCGCCCUCAUAUUCUCCGUGCGUAUCUUAAAUCGCGGAACACGAGACUACAGCUUUCUCGACGGAGACCGACCUCGCGAGCUCCCUAUAAAGGUCGGCACCAUCCAGCACGCCUUCCACGACGAUCCAGAACACUACCAUUUAGAAGGCAUGCCCGCAUGGGCUGAAUGGAACGCGAUGCGCCCACUCGGCAAAGGGUACGUCUUUUUAGGAGAGGAGCACUUCGCACUCGGAGUUUCGAUGUGGCAUCAGAUGCAUUGUCUUAAUCAUGUACGCACGGUACUGAUCAACGGGGACGACGGCGGGCGGCACGCACAUGAAAUUGGCCAAUGGGGAUCACGUGGCAACAGGGGUAGGAACUGUGCAUACUUGCAGAAACUGGAAUCAGGUGCACGAUUAUUUGGAAAGCCAACAUCAGAACCACCACCGUAA